CAUCAAUAUGGCGGUAUGUCGUCAGUGCUGUGCUGUGUUGUGCUUGUGUAACUUUUAGAUUAGGCAAAAUAUUUAAGUUGAAGCAACGACCCACAAGUAUUGUAAACAGACAACACAAUCGAACCCAGCAAGCAUUGAAGACAUCUGAGGAUUAACUCUAUUUAGUUUCUAGUUUUUUAUUUAACCACGAUUUCCAAGUUGAUUUUAUGGUGGUAAAAGUUCCAUGCGUGAUAUUUUAACUUUAAUUUGUAAGUGAACUGAAGAAACAAAUUGAAUUUAUUUCCUAGUUCUCGGAUUUGGGCUGAGAAAGAGGAUUUAUAAGACUCUGAUAAGAUUGGAAUAGUGGCUUUCUAUUAUAAGGACUAUAAUUCUGUGAUACGAUACGCUCUUAAAAGAAAAUAACGGACAUUUUUAUUGCUAAGGUCUUGAGCAAGAAAAAAAAAAUUAUAAUGUCAAGCAAUCCUCAGUGGAAGUCUUUCCAGCCGCCAACACUAAAUGACACAUCUAUCAUAGACUUUAAGCCAAUGAGCAUUCACAGUAAUGGAACAAGUUCAAGUUAUCGCAGCCCAGGAAUUGGAUAUCCUUCUAGUAAUAUCUAUCAAAAUGAUGCAAUGAAAGAUAUGGCCAAUAAUCUUUUUUCUUCUCAGUCUAAUUUUUCCAACUAUAAUGUCUACAGUAAUAAUUCCAGUUCAUCUGCAAGGUUUCCAAUUGGGACAUUUACCGGGAAUGAAAGUAAUGAUAUCUUUAAUGGUGAUUCUAUUCAGUCUCCUAGUAAUAAUAGCUAUAGUAAUAACUCCACAAAUUCAUCAUAUAGUGAUACAUCUUUAAAUAAUCAAGGCACCCGUGAAACAGGAAUCAUUGAAAAAUUAUUACACUCGUAUGGAUUUAUUCAGUGCUGUGAGAGGCAAGCUCGACUGUUUUUCCACUUUAGUCAAUUUGGGGGAAACAUUGAACAUCUGAAAAUUGGUGACCCAGUUGAGUUUGAAAUGACUUACGAUCGAAGAACAGGCAAGCCUAUCGCAAGCAUUGUCUCAAAAAUAGCACCAGAAGUGGUUCUUAGUGAGGAAAGGGUGACAGGCACAGUAACAACUGAAUUGAAAUCAGAAGGUUCAGGAGGAGACACACAAGGAAGGAUAAGUUAUGAAAACCGAGGAGAAUGUUUUUUUUUACCUUAUAAUAAAGAUGAUGUCGAAGGCAAUGUUAGUCUCCGAACUGGAGAUAAAGUUAGUUUUCAAAUAGCAACGAAUCCAAGGGGAAAUUUAGGUGCUACACAUGUAAGAUUAGAAAAUCCUGCUCAUCCAGUCAAAUAUCAGGGAGUGGUCUGUUCAAUGAAAGAAAGUUUUGGGUUUAUUGAGAGGGCCGACGUUGUAAAAGAAAUUUUCUUCCAUUUUUCUGAAGCUAAAACCAAAGAGGAACUUCAGUUAGGUGACGAUGUUGAAUUCAUAAUACAAACAAGAAAUGGAAAAGAAGUAGCAUGUAAUAUUACAACGCUUCCGCCAGGAACAGUGAUUUUUGAAGAUAUAUGUGAUGAAAUCGUUAAAGGGCAAGUUCUUAAACCACUGGAAAGAGGACCAAGAGCUCAAAGCACUGAUCCUCUUCCUGGCCGUAUUAGAUACAGGGGCCAAGAUCAUCAAGAAACUGAAGUUCCUUUUGGAGAAAAGGACCAGAAAGGUGAAUUUACAUUAAGACAUGGUGACUGGGUUCAGUUUCAUAUUGCUACUGACAGAAGAGAUGGUUUGCAAAGGGCUACUGGUAUUACUUUACUUCCUGAAUCAUUUAUUGUCUCCGGUGAGCGAAGAGAACAAGGAGCUAUUGCUGCUUUAAAGGAAGGUUAUGGAUUCAUCAAGUGUGCCGAAAGGGAUGUAAGAUUGUUUUUCCAUUAUUCUGAAGUUCUGGAUGUCGACACUGAGUUGACUGCUGGGACUGAAGUAGAGUUCACUGUUAUUCAGGAUCCACAGUCGUCUUAUGCGAACCAACGUAAUUCUGCAAUAAGAAUUAAAAUCCUUGCUGCUGGUACUGUGCAAUUUGAAACUAUGUUAGAGCGUGGUAUUAGUGGUGUUGUCGCAAAAGAAGCUUCUUCAACUUGGUCUAGUCGACCAUCACCAUCGAAAACUGGAUCAAAUGAUAAGUGUCCAGAACCUGGUUUAAUAUCAUAUACAACUAAUAUGAAUGGAGCAACGGUGAAGAAAACGGUUUCCUAUUAUGCCAAAGACUGUGAUCUCAAGGGCCUACCAAGAAUUGGAGAUAAAGUUGAGUUUAAUUUGUGCCAAGUUAAAAGGACUAAAGAGGUGAUGGCAGUAGAUGUCCGGGUUGAGUCACGUGCAAGUCCUGGGAGUGGAGUACGUGGAUCUGGUGGAGGUUUGGUUAGUUCAAAUGGAUCUCCUGUCCUUCAGGGCUUUGUCGCAGCUCUAAAAGAUGGAUAUGGAUUCAUUGAAACUGAUACACAUGAUUCAGAAGUCUUUUUCCAUUUCAGCAAUUUUGAUGGAGAUGCCUCACAGCUAGAGCUAGGAUCUGAAGUGGAGUAUACUGUGGGUCCUCGUGCUAGCUCUGGUGGCUCCUGUCUUUCAGCUGAAAACGUAGCUCCGCUUCCAAAGGGCUCAAUCAGGCCAGGCGUCACUAUCAAUCCCGAAAUACUCUCAGGAAAAGUCGUACGACCUCUCAGAUCAGUCAAUCCUGACCAGGCUGUGUAUCCAGGUCUCAUCAAGACUAACUCAGAAGGUGAAGAAGGACAAGAAUAUGAGUUUGGAAUAACUGGUCUGUCAAACAAACGAGAAUUGCUCCAGGUUGGUGAUGCUGUGCAAUUUCAGGUUGAUUCUGAAGGAAGAGCUGUUAACAUCAAUGCAGUUAGGAAAAAGAAAAAAGCUAAUGUGGAUUCAAUCAAAGGGCAAUUUGGAUUUUUAUCGUAUGAGCCAGAAGAAGGAAAGAAGUUGUUCUUCCAUAUGUCUGAAGUUAAGGAUGGAGCUAGUUUGCAACCCGGUGAUCUGGUCGAGUUCGUUAUUGUCACAAACCAAAGGAAUGGCAAAUCAUUUGCUUGCAAUAUAUCUAAAUUAAGUGAUGGCAGUAACUGCCAGCAAGCUCGACCUGAGAGGCUGAUAUCACGGCUGCGUACUGUGUCUGUUGACGAUGGGCCAAAACUGGUUGUAGUACGGCAGCCUCGGGGGCCUUCGGAGGAGGCACCAUUUUCCCUAAGUCAUCGUAUCCCUCGGCAGCCAGGCCAGCUUGUCGAGUAGAGUGUGCCUCAUCUCAUUCAUCAGCAGAGAGCCAGUUUUCUCUAUCGACUGUCCCUUUCCUCAGAUCAGAUACCUCCCUAAGAUCCUUAAGAGAUAAUGUAUAUGUAUGUGUUAAUCUACACAAAAUUUAUUCGAGAAAAAAAUUAAAAAAAAAACAACAAAAAACUUAAAAAAAAAAGAAAACAAAUCGAAAAUAUUUGAAAAACUAAAAUAUUUUAAAGAUUAAUAUAAAAAAAAAUUAAAAAAUAAUAAAACAUACAAAAAAAAGAAGGAAAACCUGUGCCCAAAUGGAAGUUUGCUAAACUGGUAUCAUUGAAUGAAAUGGAUAUAUUAAGUGGAUAUUACCUUUGUAGAGUAAUGAAAGGGCUAUUUUGGAUGGUAAUGACACUAGUCUUCUAUCGUCAACAGUAAAGUUAUUACAUUACUAAUAUAUUUUAUUUAAUCCUCUCUAAAAGUUGUUGGGCAAGAUAGCGUUUUUGUUAUUAUAAGGUCUAGGAAAGCAUUUUUUUUUUGUAUGUUCUCAUACUUAUUCUCCUUUGUGUUGUCUUCAUUAUUCUCAUAAUGCUAUUCACCACUAAAUCUGGGAGCUGUGGAUCUAUAAUUUAAAAAAAUAUAUAUAAUAAAAAAGUUAAAAAAUAUAUAGAACUAAAUUAUAUGAACUAAAUAAAAAGAAGAAAAAGAAAAAAAAAUAGUCUGGAAUUUGUUAGAAUCAGUUAUAAAUAAUCUGAAAGUAAUUUUUAGUAAAAUUAAUGGUGGUAAAGGUGAAAAAAAUUGCUUAAUAUACUAUCAAUGGCCAUUUUCCUGUUUGUACUGUGAAGUGGCACUGAGGAUUCCUGGGUUAAAGGUAGAUUGAACAGCAAGUAUCUGAUGCAGGUUUUAUUUUACCCGAGUAACUUAUUUGCAUUGAGGAAGAUUUGACUAUAGAGUAAGGAUUUAGUAUAUUACAAGGAUUAAUAUGUUAAGAAUAUUGGAGGGCUAAUAUAUUCUGAAGAUGAAAAGAAUGUUUGGGAUAAAUAAGCUGUUUACUUAUUUUAGGGUUAGGUUUGUUUGGAGCGCAUUGAGGACGAAUUAAAGACAACAAAAAUAUCAGUGCCCACAAAGCCAUGUUAACAUUGCAAAUGUAGCUUAACGAACAAGCUUCUUUAUAUAUAAAGUAUAUAUACAUAUGUACGAACAACACAUUUAAAUAAACUCAUUUUUAUGCAUUUCUUUUCUUUUUCAAUUUUUUUUAAAUACUUUUUAUAUGUUUUAGAAUAAACUAAUAAAAUAUCUUCAUUCCAUUUUGAAGUAUAAUUUUUUUUUUUUUUAUAAAUAUAAUUCACAUUAUGUGUUUCAAUUUUUCGUUGGCAGUUAUUGAUGUUAUUUCAAAUGUAAGAUUGUUAUUGUCCCCCAAAGUUGUUAUGAAGUUAAACGUGUCGUUAACUUAAAUUAUGAGUAGUGUGUAUUAUAGUCAAAUUUUAUAAUGUUUCUGUGAUAAAAGUAAUAUAUAUGUGUGUAUGUAUGACUGUAAUAUAUACAUACAUAUGUAGAUAUUUUAUACAUCAUAGUUUACAAAAACCAAGGAGAUUUUUAGAUUAUGUAUGUUAUAUCGCAACAAUUAGUAAGUGCUGUGUAUCCAAUCUGUUUUCUUUUUCUUUCUUUUUUUCCCCAGUUACUAUAGCUGUUUGCUUUUUCAUUCCCAAUAUGAAAUGAAAAAAGAAAAACUAAUUAAAAAAAAAUGUGAUUUGUAAGCUAUUAAUUAUUUAGAAUAAGUCAGAUUGUUACAAUAUUGUAUGAAAUGUAUUUGUGACAUUCUCUGUCGAGAAAAAAUUUUAUUAUUUUUUUAUAAGUUUAGUUGUAUUUUAUUUAAUGUGUUUUAAAGAGGUGUUAUGUGUGAGCAUGUCUUCAUUAAUUUUCCAUCUGCUUUGUUAUUUUUAAACUGCUAUAGGGCAUGGUGUGGGCACUGCUACUAAACUGAAUGAUAUUGAAAAUAUUUCUAAAUGGGAUGCCUAUUUCAAAGUCAUAUUAUGUAUUACCUGAUUAUUUUGUUCAUGACACACAAUAAAUAAGACUUUACGUAAUACUGACACUAGUCGAGAUUGAAUUAUUGAGCUGUGUUUUAUUUUACUAAUCCCAUAAUCAAAUAAUUCUAUUUGUUAAUUGUUCUCUGUAUAGAUAAUUAUGGACUAAAAAUUCUAAAUAAUGUAGGUUUCCGUAGUAAUUUUCAACAAUGGAUAAAUAUUUUAUCUUUGAAUUCCAAGCUGAAUAGCUUAGUAAAUGUGCCUCUAGUAUCCAAAAAUUUAUAAAAAAACGAAAAAUUUGGAAUUGAUUGUUUCAGGAUAGUGACUUAAGAGGUUUUUAUACAUUGAUAUCUCCUUUAAUUGCA